AUGGUGGCUAUAACUGUUAUUGGUUCACUUAACUAUGAUCUAGUAACAUAUACCUCGGUUGUUCCGCGUGGUGGAGAAACUAUCCAUGCAAAAUCGUUCGAGACUCACUACGGAGGUAAGGGCCUCAACGAAGCUGUAGCCGUGGGCAAGCUGUUGUCACCAGAGCAAAAAAACAAUAUACAAGUGAAGAUGAUUGGAAGAGUAGGGAAUGACUUGUUUGGAAAAGAAAUGAAGGAUUAUGUUUCGUCAGUUGGGGUCGAUGUUGAGAAUGUUCUCGUUGACGAUGCCGAAAGGUCUGGCACAGCUGUUAUUUUGGUUGAGGAUUCAGGUGAGAAUAGAAUUCUGGUUAUUCCAGGAUCCAAUGGAAAGCUUGAAGUUACUGAGAAGAUUUUGAAAGAGGUGAUAGGCUCAAACAAGAAUCAAUUCUUCAUUUUGCAGAACGAGCAACCCGAUCCGGUUAAGCAUCUGGAGCUGAUCAGAAAAAUCGAACCAGAAGCUACAGUCGUGUACAAUCCAUCGCCGAUAAAAGAUUUCAAUACUGAGAACACUGAUGUUCUGGGAGCUGUUGAUGUGUUGGUAGUGAACGAGUCUGAGGCUUUGGACUGUGCCAAAGCCUUCUCUACCGAAGCAAGAGAAGGUAACAUUGGGGAAGAAAGAUCCAAAUUCGUUAAGCUUGCGAAAGACCUGAAGGGCUUUUUGAACCAGAGCAAAUUGUCUACUGUUAUCAUCACGCUUGGUGGUGAAGGUUCUCUCGUGGUGUCAGAUGCCUUUCCAGAGGGCCAGCAUUUUCCAGCCAUGGAGCUUUCCAAAAAGCAAAUCAUAGACACCACUGGUGCUGGAGACACGUUUCUGGGAGCAGUUACAGUUAGACUUGCCAACGGUGAUUCAAUUGACCAGGCAGUGGUCUUCGCUACUGCGGCCGCCUCUUUAACCGUACAGGGUAAAGGUGCCGCGGAAGCGAUACCAGGCUACGAGCAGGUGAGCAAAUUGGUUUCUAGCUAA